AUGCGUCUAUCAAGCGUCCUUCCCGUCCUCCUCCCUCUCCUUCCCUUCUCCCUCUCCUCGCCUCUACACCAAAACGGGGACGUCAAGCCAAACCUCUACCGUCGUCAAGCCACAACUACAACUUCGACACACGCUUGUAAUGCUGAUAACCUUCUUCGCGCUCUACGUAACACCGUAAAUCUUGCUGAAGCCAAAACUUUCUGCGGUGCCUACAUAUCCGUAACCUCGACCACCACGAUCUCCGUCCCUACGACUUUAGUCUCCACCGAAACAGCUGUUACAACAGUAUUCUACAAAAGGGAUGAUGGUUCUUAUGGUUCCUAUAAUCCCGAACAAGACAGCUAUGAAGACAUGCUUAGGAGAAGGGCAGAGGGCAGCGAAAUACCGUUUCCGAGUUGGUUGGCGACAACGUAUCCGGCUAGUAGAGUCACUAGUGCUUGCAAAUGCUUGACUUUGCCGGAAGUUAGUACGACGGUUUUUAUUACGAAGUUUGUGACGGAGACGACGGUGCAGACGGAAAGUGUUACGACGAAGACAUCUUGUAAAACUACGACGGCAAUUACUACGACUACUAGUUCAUCUACUACUACUAUGAGUAGCAGUAGCGAGGAGGAGGAUGAGCCAGAGAGUACGACUACUUCUAGCGCUACCACUUCUAGCAGUACCACUAGUGAGGAGCCUGAGACUACUUCUUCUAGCAGUACUACUAGUGAGGAACCUGAGACUACUUCUUCUAGUGCUACUACUAGUGAAGAACCGGAGGCUACUACUACUGCUUCUACUACCACCACCGCUAGUACUACCUCUAGUGAGGAACCCGAAACGACCGCUUCCUCUACUACUUCUUCUACUACUACCAGUACUACGACUAGCCAGGAGGAGGAGGACAGUACCACUUCUUCCACUACUACUACUAGCACUACGAGUAGUACCACUAGCGAGGAGCCAGAGCCUACUACAUCUUCUACUACAUCUUCCACUACAUCUUCCACCACUGCUUCUACUACUAGUGAAGAAGAAGAUAGCACUACUUCUUCUACUACUAGCGCCACCACCACUAGUGAGGAGCCAGAAACUACUAGCUCCACUACAACCACCCCAACUACCACUAGCGAAGAACCAGAGACAACCAGCUCGACUACCACCACUACCACCACUACUACCAGUACCACCACCAGUGAAGAGCCUGAAGAUACUACCACAUCAAGCACCACUUCCACCACCACUGAAGAGCCUCAGCCCGAACCCACUACCUCCGAGGAGCUAGAGCCAGAGCCUACUACAUCUGAAGAACCAGAGCCUACCACGUCAAAAGAACCAUCUCCAAAUGGUGACCCGGCGUCGACAACUACAUCUACAACCACAACCACAACCACUAGUAGCACAACAACCAGCCAAACGGGUACUCCAACCGUUCACCUAGGCUGCUACAUCGAUGGCCUUUCCGGGAAAGCCCUCCGUUAUCAAUUCCCAGACAACGCUUUAACCCCUUCUCUCUGCGCUAGCACCUGUUCCUCUAAGGGUUAUACCUACUACGGUGUUGAAUACGGCCGUGAAUGCUACUGCGACAACAGUAUCAACCCUGCUUCCUUCCAAGUCCUGUCUGAAGAAUGUAAUAUGGCUUGCGCUGGAGACGCUACUCUAAAGUGUGGUGCAGGCGAUAGAAUCAAUAUCUAUACUUUUGAUACCAGCAUUGAAGGGAGGCCAGAGCCGGAUAUUCAUAAUGAUGAUAUUGAGUAUACCUCUAUGGGUUGUUACCAAGAACCGUCGUCAGGCAAGGCCUUGUCGAAGGUUUUCUCGUCCAAAAGUAUGACGCAUGAACUUUGUCAGUAUUACUGCUGGAGUUUUGGACAGGCGAAGUUUGCCGGUGUGGAAUAUGGAAGCGAGUGUUGGUGCGGAAACACUUUGAACCCAGCUGCAACUCCGGCUUCUUCUCCAUCAAGCUGUAACGUCCGUUGCUCAGGCGAUAACAGCCAGACUUGCGGUGCAGGAGGAUACAUUGAACUCUACUCUUCAGGGGUUCCCGUUCCAACUACAACCUCCUCGAGCACUACCACGACCACAACGCCGUCAACGACUAGCAGUACUUCAACCGCCACUACAUUUGGAAGCGCAUCAUUCACGACACCAACUGGUAUCUGUAACCCUGUAGAAUGGAGUCCUUCCACCGGCUACAACUUUCAUUUCACAUCCGAUGAUGCACUUUCACAAUGGAUUGCUACAGGUGUAUCGACUUCUAUUGACGCAUACUUCGUAAACGGUGAUAUCAAUCCCUCCGCUUUACAAGUUUUGUUCACUGGCGCAAGCAGCGUGAGAUUAUCACGAAUCAUCCCGGUUACCCCAGGUCUUACUUAUUCCAUCACUUGGAAUACUUAUACCCCUGAUAUCCUCCUAUCAAUUGCUGCUAUUUCCGAUAGCUCUGCUACUGAUAUCAUUCCGGUCUCGAAUUCUUUCACUCCAAAACAGAUUAUUAUAACACCGUCUGUUGAUUCGAUAACUCUGGUAGUUGCCAUCCCCGGGUCCGAAGAUGCAGAAGUAAUCCUAGACGCUGUUGAUAUUCGUCCAAUCUCAGCUGCGACUUUUACACCACCUACGCUUGGCCAAGAGGUUUUACUAGUAAACUUCAAGAGUGGUGGGGAUUUUUCAGAAGGUGUUCAAUACGUCAGUAGCGUUCUUGAAUCUAUAACCCCCAUCGACGCCGGAACCCUUGGCUACUCCGCUGGAAUUAUCGAAGGCGUUAGUUCGAGAGAUAUUCAAUUUGGACCAGUACCUUUUACCUCCGAAGCUGUGACCUACACUCUUACAGCUAGUCUCUCAAGUUUCCCCGGUGGUGGUGACCAAUGGGUGUUGCAGACUAAAGUGAAGUCUGCAAAGAGUAAUGGAUGUUUUGUGGGUGUUAGGUAUGGUGGAAGUCUUAUUGCUAGGACACCAUUGAGUGGGUGUCCUAACGUUUGGCAAGAUGUCAAGAGUGUGCCGUUUACUAUCGAAGAAGGGGCGAGCGGAAGCUUGUCUGUUAGUGUGGAGUGCGGGAGUGGUGGGUUUGUGGCACAGGUUGAGGUUGAUGAUAUUGUGGUUCGGCUAGUAGAGGGACUGGCUGUGAAGAGGUUCUAG